CUAGCUUAUGAAGACGUUACAAAAAUUCGAUAAUAUAGUAUUUGGGGGAAAUAGGAGCUGUCACCGGCUGAUCCGAACCCCCGUCGCGAAUGCAGCAACCGUGCACAAUUGAGAGGUAUCAGUUCGAGCUAAGCUGCUAAGAUGAAACGAGUGGGCGCUUAUUUGCUACGACUGGCCGCGGGAGGCUCGGAGCAGCUCAGCAGCGGCACCGAGCUUGCGGCCUGGCUCGGGAAAAGGCGCGGCUGGGUGGUCUCUGCCUGGGGCUCCCGACAGCCUUCAGCAAGCCACGGACGCCACGUCACGGGUACUCGUGACGCCACAUGCAAUUCGGGGGCAGCGACGACGUGCAGCAUUGAAGGCGACGCCGCGGCGACUGCCGCAGCCGCUGCCAGUCGUGCUGGACAGGAAGGCCAGGCACAGGCCUCGCAGCACCAUGCUCGUCACCGCGCUGAUCACCAGCGCCAACACCAUGACGUGCACCAUGACCACCAGCACCAACACCAGCACCGGCACAAGCAGCAGCCGACCAGCCACGCGCCAGAUGCCGCCACGCCCUCCCCGGAUCACUCGGAGCAGCCGGCUGCGCCGCUGACGGUUGAACAGGCGCUCAAAAGGCCUGACACAGCACGCGCGCUUCGGGCCCUGGGCCGGCGGAGUCGGGAUGUGGCCAGUGGGGCCGCGGCUGCGGACGAGUCGGCUGGACCGUCGCUGAUGGCCGUGCUUGGAGCCAUGGCCGGAGUGAUGCGCGGGCUGGGCACCUCUGGGCUUGGGCCCUUUACCUUCGGAUUACAGGCGCUGGGCCGGAAGCACGAGGAGCAGGGGGUGCAGGACCACCCGCCCGGCACGGUGCCGCUGCUACCAGGCGGGCCGGUGGCGCUGGCGGAGGCGGAACGGCUGUUGGAAGCCAUGGAACUGGCGCACGGCGCCUAUCGGAAGAGUGCGGCGGCGCUGGCAGCGACCACCUGCUUACGGGUGCAGCACGUGCGGGUGUGGCGCCCGCAGUCGGGGCGGCUGCAGCCCGGCUACUACGUCGCAGUGGACCACCCGGGGCGCCGCGUGGUGUGGGGCAUUCGCGGCACGCUGGCUUUCUCCGACCUGAUCACGGACCUAGCCAUGGCCGCGCAUCCACUGCCACUGCGCGGCGCGCCCGACGCGGCGGCGCACUGGGGCAUGACUCACGCGGCGCACUGGCUGCUGCAGCAGGAGGCGCAGCACGUUGCGGCGCUGCUGCGAUCGUUGCGCGGCCCGGGCGGCUCGGCGCCCUACCGGCUGGAGCUGGUGGGGCACUCGCUGGGCGGCUCGGUGGCGGCGCUGAUGGCGGCCAUGCUGCGGGAGGGGCUGGUGGAGGUGGGCAGGUCUGAGGACGUGCCGCCGCACCUGGUGUCCUGCAUCGCCUUCGCGCCGCCCGCCGUCAUGUCGCCCUGCCUGGCCGCCGCCUGCCGGCCAUACGUCACUUCAGUGGUGCUUAACCACGACGUGGUUCCGCGAUUCAACGCCCACAGCCUGGCGUUGCUACAGCAGGAGCUGCAGGGCGUGGACUGGUUUGCUGAGCUGCAGCGCACAGUGAUGGAGCACACCAUGAUGCGGAACAUCACCUCCACGUUCGGUGCCCUCACGGCAACCACCCUCAACAUCAUCCCGCCGCCGUCGCUGCCGCCACCCGUGACCUCGGCCGGCGCUGCGGCCGCGGCCGCCACCUCUGCGGCGCAGACCGCUCUGUCCAACGGCGCUGGCGCCGCCGCGGACGCAGUUCAGCAGCUGAGCGCCGCAGUGCUCCGGAGCGGGGCCUUUCAGUCAGCGAUAGCCACACUGGAUGAGUGGAAGGCUCGUAUGGGGGCGGCGCCGGGAGAGCAGGCGGAGGUUGCGGUGCGGCGGCAGGCUGAGGUCGUGCGUGCCUGGCUGCAGGAGGUCUCAAACACGGCGGCGGCGGCAGCCGCCGUGGCCGCAGCUUCAGGCCACGCGCGGGCUACGCCGGAGGACACCAGGCCUAGGCCGCUGUUCCCACCGCCGCCGGGGUCGCCGCCACAUGAUGCAGCGGCCUCAGGAGCUCCAGCGGGCGGCCCGGCGUCCGGCGCCGCGGGUGGCGGCGGCAGCAUUUUGCACGUCGCGGACCCUGACAGCCUUGCUGAGAGGCUGCGGAUCAGUGUGGAGUCCGCAAUGACCAGCCUGAUGGCGGCAGCGAGUGCGGGACGCGACCGCUUUGUUGCAAGUGCGAAUGCGUCCGUGUCCUCUCUGCCGUCGCUACCAUCGAUGCCUUCACUGCCUGCCGCACACGAGUUGCCGCUUGUGGAGCCGGCCGCGCUGGCAGCAGGAAGAGCCGGCGCCAGAGCAGCGGACGGGCUAGGACAGGAGGCAGGCAGGAGCGCAGCGGAGCGGGAGCUGGCCGCGGCUGCAGAGGCGGACGCAGCGGCAACCGUCACCGCUUCGGUGGCGGGGGUCAGUGGUCCGGCGGAGGAAAAGGUCUUGGCAGCGGCCUUGUCGAAGAGUCCACAGGACCUGCCGAUGCUGCUGCCGCCCGGCCGCGUCCUGUACAUCCGGCCGGUGCUGCCGCAAGACUCCGAGGCGCUUGCUGCAGCAGCGGUAACCCGUGCUGCUGACGGUGCGGGCCGCGACGCCGCCAAUCCUGCUGUGCCCCCUGGUCAUGCGGGCGUCGUGUCAGCGCCCGUGAAUCUCAGCGCCCCAAAGCGCGGAAAGGACGCGGCGCCGGCAGCGGAUGUACAGGAGCACCAGCCGUACGCACCUAAUCAGCAAUUUGUGCUGACGCAGCUGGCAGAGGGCCAGAAUUUCAAGCGGAUGGUGCUGGGCCGGGCUUCCUUCAAUGAGCACCAGUGCCGGUCGUACCGCCGUGUGCUGAUGGCACUGGCGCAGCAGCUGUGAAACGGCUGUACCGUACCGUAUUUCAGGUUAGGUCAACUUUAUCAAGCGUGUGUGAUUUCUUGUCCAAUACAACACUCCUGGUGUCCGUAUAAUCCGCUGAUGCUGCUGAGAUCUGACGUGUCAAACUACGUGGAGACGCGCUCGGCGGGGAGUGUGUGGCAAGCGGGUGCGGCCGCGGGUACAGGCUGCGUGAUGGGGUGACGCACGGCGCGCGCCUGUUGCGGCGAUGUGGGGUCCGCUCCAGUGCCCUGGAGUCUGUGUGACGCGCCCGCCCGGCCCGCUAUACCAAGCCAUACUAGUCGGCAUGCAAUGCCAGCACUCGGGCCGCCCAAGCGAGUCGUGGUCUGGGCACAUGGGGGUCAGGCGUCAGGGAGGUAGGCACGUGGGCGUGCCGAUGGCCGGGCCCAGCGCCCAAGCGGCGGCCCUACAAAUGAGCAGGCCUGGCUCUUUCACACAUAUGACUGCAUAGGCACGCCAGGAGUAAGCUAGCUGGCCUUGGAGCGCACCCCAGGCGCGCGUGCGGGCAUGCCGGCAUGUUCGGCGAGUGCGCAUUUCGCUAGGAUUCGGGCUACCCCCACUUGAAGGCCGCUUAUUUACGAUCAUUGGGGCCAACCUAUGUGUUGAUAGGGUAAUGGAGGAACCGACGCCAGGAAAGUGGCGACUUUUGGCCACUCGGUGUGAGCCUGGGUGCAGGUCCGAGGCCUGAUGUCGUGACCAGGUGCUUCUGACGUGUCCAGCUACGUGGUGACGAGCUCGGCGGGGAGUGUGUGGCAAGCGGGUGCGGCCGCGGGUACAGGCUGCGUGAUGGGGUGACGCACGGCGCGCGCCUGUUGCGGCGAUGUGGGGUCCGCUCCAGUGCCCUGGAGUCUGUGUGACGCGCCCGCCCGGCCCGCUAUACCAAGCCAUACUAGUCGGCAUGCAAUGCCAGCACUCGGGCCGCCCAAGCGAGUCGUGGUCUGGGCACAUGGGGGUCAGGCGUCAGGGAGGUAGGCACGUGGGCGUGCCGAUGGCCGGGCCCAGCGCCCAAGCGGCGGCCCUACAAAUGAGCAGGCCUGGCUCUUUCACACAUAUGACUGCAUAGGCACGCCAGGAGUAAGCUAGCUGGCCUUGGAGCGCACCCCAGGCGCGCGUGCGGGCAUGCCGGCAUGUUCGGCGAGUGCGCAUUUCGCUAGGAUUCGGGCUACCCCCACUUGAAGGCCGCUUAUUUACGAUCAUUGGGGCCAACCUAUGUGUUGAUAGGGUAAUGGAGGAACCGACGCCAGGAAAGUGGCGACUUUGGGCCACUCGGUGUGAGCCUGGGUGCAGGUCCGAGGCCUGAUGUCGUGACCAGGUGCUUCUGACGUGUCCAGCUACGUGGUGACGAGCUCGGCGGGGAGUGUGUGGCAAGCGGGUGCGGCCGCGGGUACAGGCUGCGUGAUGGGGUGACGCACGGCGCGCGCCUGUUGCGGCGAUGUGGGGUCCGCUCCAGUGCCCUGGAGUCUGUGUGACGCGCCCGCCCGGCCCGCUAUACCAAGCCAUACUAGUCGGCAUGCAAUGCCAGCACUCGGGCCGCCCAAGCGAGCCGUGGUCUGGGCACAUGGGGGUCAGGCGUCAGGGAGGUAGGCACGUGGGCGUGCCGAUGGCCGGGCCCAGCGCCCAAGCGGCGGCCCUACAAAUGAGCAGGCCUGGCUCUUUCACACAUAUGACUGCAUAGGCACGCCAGGAGUAAGCUAGCUGGCCUUGGAGCGCACCCCAGGCGCGCGUGCGGGCAUGCCGGCAUGUUCGGCGAGUGCGCAUUUCGCUAGGAUUCGGGCUACCCCCACUUGAAGGCCGCUUAUUUACGAUCAUUGGGGCCAACCUAUGUGUUGAUAGGGUAAUGGAGGAACCGACGCCAGGAAAGUGGCGACUUUUGGCCACUCGGUGUGAGCCUGGGUGCAGGUCCGAGGCCUGAUGUCGUGACCAGGUGCUUCUGACGUGUCCAGCUACGUGGUGACGAGCUCGGCGGGGAGUGUGUGGCAAGCGGGUGCGGCCGCGGGUACAGGCUGCGUGAUGGGGUGACGCACGGCGCGCGCCUGUUGCGGCGAUGUGGGGUCCGCUCCAGUGCCCUGGAGUCUGUGUGACGCGCCCGCCCGGCCCGCUAUACCAAGCCAUACUAGUCGGCAUGCAAUGCCAGCACUCGGGCCGCCCAAGCGAGUCGUGGUCUGGGCACAUGGGGGUCAGGCGUCAGGGAGGUAGGCACGUGGGCGUGCCGAUGGCCGGGCCCAGCGCCCAAGCGGCGGCCCUACAAAUGAGCAGGCCUGGCUCUUUCACACAUAUGACUGCAUAGGCACGCCAGGAGUAAGCUAGCUGGCCUUGGAGCGCACCCCAGGCGCGCGUGCGGGCAUGCCGGCAUGUUCGGCGAGUGCGCAUUUCGCUAGGAUUCGGGCUACCCCCACUUGAAGGCCGCUUAUUUACGAUCAUUGGGGCCAACCUAUGUGUUGAUAGGGUAAUGGAGGAACCGACGCCAGGAAAGUGGCGACUUUGGGCCACUCGGUGUGAGCCUGGGUGCAGGUCCGAGGCCUGAUGUCGUGACCAGGUGCUUCUGACGUGUCCAGCUACGUGGUGACGAGCUCGGCGGGGAGUGUGUGGCAAGCGGGUGCGGCCGCGGGUACAGGCUGCGUGAUGGGGUGACGCACGGCGCGCGCCUGUUGCGGCGAUGUGGGGUCCGCUCCAGUGCCCUGGAGUCUGUGUGACGCGCCCGCCCGGCCCGCUAUACCAAGCCAUACUAGUCGGCAUGCAAUGCCAGCACUCGGGCCGCCCAAGCGAGUCGUGGUCUGGGCACAUGGGGGUCAGGCGUCAGGGAGGUAGGCACGUGGGCGUGCCGAUGGCCGGGCCCAGCGCCCAAGCGGCGGCCCUACAAAUGAGCAGGCCUGGCUCUUUCACACAUAUGACUGCAUAGGCACGCCAGGAGUAAGCUAGCUGGCCUUGGAGCGCACCCCAGGCGCGCGUGCGGGCAUGCCGGCAUGUUCGGCGAGUGCGCAUUUCGCUAGGAUUCGGGCUACCCCCACUUGAAGGCCGCUUAUUUACGAUCAUUGGGGCCAACCUAUGUGUUGAUAGGGUAAUGGAGGAACCGACGCCAGGAAAGUGGCGACUUUGGGCCACUCGGUGUGAGCCUGGGUGCAGGUCCGAGGCCUGAUGUCGUGACCAGGUGCUUCUGACGUGUCCAGCUACGUGGUGACGAGCUCGGCGGGGAAUGUGUGGCAAGCGGGUGCGGCCGCGGGUACAGGCUGCGUGAUGGGGUGACGCACGGCGCGCGCCUGUUGCGGCGAUGUGGGGUCCGCUCCAGUGCCCUGGAGUCUGUGUGACGCGCCCGCCCGGCCCGCUAUACCAAGCCAUACUAGUCGGCAUGCAAUGCCAGCACUCGGGCCGCCCAAGCGAGUCGUGGUCUGGGCACAUGGGGGUCAGGCGUCAGGGAGGUAGGCACGUGGGCGUGCCGAUGGCCGGGCCCAGCGCCCAAGCGGCGGCCCUACAAAUGAGCAGGCCUGGCUCUUUCACACAUAUGACUGCAUAGGCACGCCAGGAGUAAGCUAGCUGGCCUUGGAGCGCACCCCAGGCGCGCGUGCGGGCAUGCCGGCAUGUUCGGCGAGUGCGCAUUUCGCUAGGAUUCGGGCUACCCCCACUUGAAGGCCGCUUAUUUACGAUCAUUGGGGCCAACCUAUGUGUUGAUAGGGUAAUGGAGGAACCGACGCCAGGAAAGUGGCGACUUUGGGCCACUCGGUGUGAGCCUGGGUGCAGGUCCGAGGCCUGAUGUCGUGACCAGGUGCUUCUGACGUGUCCAGCUACGUGGUGACGAGCUCGGCGGGGAGUGUGUGGCAAGCGGGUGCGGCCGCGGGUACAGGCUGCGUGAUGGGGUGACGCACGGCGCGCGCCUGUUGCGGCGAUGUGGGGUCCGCUCCAGUGCCCUGGAGUCUGUGUGACGCGCCCGCCCGGCCCGCUAUACCAAGCCAUACUAGUCGGCAUGCAAUGCCAGCACUCGGGCCGCCCAAGCGAGUCGUGGUCUGGGCACAUGGGGGUCAGGCGUCAGGGAGGUAGGCACGUGGGCGUGCCGAUGGCCGGGCCCAGCGCCCAAGCGGCGGCCCUACAAAUGAGCAGGCCUGGCUCUUUCACACAUAUGACUGCAUAGGCACGCCAGGAGUAAGCUAGCUGGCCUUGGAGCGCACCCCAGGCGCGCGUGCGGGCAUGCCGGCAUGUUCGGCGAGUGCGCAUUUCGCUAGGAUUCGGGCUACCCCCACUUGAAGGCCGCUUGUUUACGAUCAUUGGGGCCAACCUAUGUGUUGAUAGGGUAAUGGAGGAACCGACGCCAGGAAAGUGGCGACUUUGGGCCACUCGGUGUGAGCCUGGGUGCAGGUCCGAGGCCUGAUGUCGUGACCAGGUGCUUCUGACGUGUCCAGCUACGUGGUGACGAGCUCGGCGGGGAAUGUGUGGCAAGCGGGUGCGGCCGCGGGUACAGGCUGCAUGAUGGGGUGCCGCACCAGUUGCGGCGAUGUGGGGUCCGCUCCAGAGCCCUGGAGUCUGUGUGACGUGCCCGCCCGG